GACAUUCGUUGGCGUUGAAUGUGUGAUGGAUUAUGCAUAAAACAUGCAUACAUACAUAUACAUUUACAUUUGGGAUGUAAUUAAAUAGCGAAGGAGAUAAGGCCAUACAUGAAGAGAUGCGAGUGAGAAGAGAGAAAAAUGAGUGCAGGGAGCGUAGAUCUGGUACGAAUGGCUUUACCUGGACUUGGCGGGCUUUCAGAAGCAGAGUCCGCUAAAAAGAUAAGGAAACCCUACACCAUCACCAAGUCUCGAGAGAGCUGGACCGAGCAAGAGCACGACAAAUUCCUCGAGGCCCUUCAAUUAUUUGAUCGUGAUUGGAAAAAAAUUGAAGCUUUUGUAGGAUCGAAGACUGUCAUACAGAUUCGAAGUCAUGCCCAAAAGUACUUUUUGAAGGUCCAAAAGAAUGGUACAAGAGAGCAUGUUCCACCUCCUCGUCCAAAACGCAAGGCAGCUCAUCCAUAUCCACAGAAAGCCUCGAAAAAUGUUCCUUUGCCGCAGCAAGUGUCACCUGCAUUUGCAUCUGCUUCUUCCCAGCAAGAGUCAGGAUAUUCUCAAAGGGCAGAGUCAUCUUCCAUACUUAAGAAAUCUGGCAUCUCCAGUCCAACUGUUUCUUCCUGGGUUCAUCAUACUAUACCUUCAACAAGUGUUAUAUAUGCACAUAAAGAUGAUGUGGGAACGGCAAGCCUUGGAACAGGGAAUAACUGCAGUAGUGGCAGUGCUGAGAGUUCUCCUAGGACAUGGCCACCACAUUCUCAAAUCCCUGAGCAAGGGAGCCAAAGUUUACCAGUUCGAGUGAAACCAGAUUUUUCGCAAGUCUAUCAGUUCAUUGGGAGUGUCUUUGACCCCAACACAACUGGUCACUUGAAGAAGCUUAAAGAAAUGGAUCCAAUUGAUCUUGAAACUGUGUUGUUGCUCAUGAGGAAUCUUUCUGUCAACUUGUCUAGCCCUGAUUUUGAGGAGCAUAAAUCAUUUUUAUCAGUAUAUGACAUGAAUCAUGGACAGGCUGGCCCUUAUGUAGUAAAUCAAAUGGAGGAGCAUGCAAUGGUGCCAGGUACUCCUGCAAACCAGUCAUUGGAUGUUUGGGAUGAUCAUCUCCAAUCUACGCACCUGGGAUCAGUAAAUGUACAAGAGGGAGAAGAUCUCAAUAGUCAACAAAAGAACCAGGAUUUGCCAGGAUCAUCAGACUCUCAAAAUUGUGCCCCUGAUGGUGAUGCUGUUACCGUUGACUGACAUCACAGGUCCUCAUCUUUAGGAUGAUUCUAAGGGAUUUAAUGAUGUCCGUUCCAAGUAAUUACAGAUAAUAGUUAGAAUACCCAUCUGGAGUGUUUGACUACUUAACAGGCUUGUCUCUGCACAAGACAAGUUUUGCUGAGUUAAUAUUGAGAUCCAGACCAACUAACGAAAUUGGCAUCAAAAUUAUAAUUAAAAUUCAUAUCUAUCAGGCCGUUUGUAGUCAACAUACCAAUUUUCUUUUGGAGUUUUAUGGCAGUCAAGUAUGUCUUCAGCUGGUUGAAAUUCUCAUUUCCAAGCUAUGUGAUUAUGCUGUUGAUGUAUCCAUGAAAAAGUGAAGUCUAAAUAAGCGCUUAUGCAUUCAUGUCGUUUGUUCGUUUCC